CUCACUGCCUUCUUUCCCUCUGGUGCUCGCUCCCUUCUUUCUCCCGGUGACUCCAGGCUGAGAUCAACAGAUAGGAUGCUGUGCCUCAGCUCCCUCUCCACACUCCUCCUCCUGCUUCUCAUCUACCCCCCUCCGCUGUCUGCCCAGGGGGUGCAAUUGCGUCUUGCAGGCGUUGGGCGGCGCGGUGCGAACGAGGGGCGAGUGGAGGUGUUCUACAAUGGCGCAUGGGGCACGGUGUGUGACGACGAGGUGGAUCUCAACCUGGCCAAUGUGGUGUGCCGACAGCUGGGCUUCCAGCGUGGCUUUACGUGGGCGCACAGUGCCAAGUUUGGCCAGGGGCAAGGUUUGAUCUGGUUGGACAAUGUGCGCUGCAGGGGCUCAGAGGCUUCCAUUGCAGACUGUCAAUCCAAUGGUUGGGGAAUCAAUGACUGCACCCACGCUGAGGACCUGGGGGUCAUUUGCAGCCCAGAAAGGAGACCUGGCUCCCCACCUGUCUCCCUGGACGAGACCCCGUCAUCCUCCAGGCAACAGCCAAGCCAGUCCAGACAGAGAAAUCCACCACAGUCUGUGUCUCCUCCAGCUGCCCCACCAGCCCCAGCCGGCAUCUCCUCUUCUCCCUCAAGAGGCCACGAGAUCGCCCUCCAUCGCAACCCAACGGCUUCCCGCCGCAGCAACAUCAACCCGCAGGAAAAUGGCCACGAGAUCCAGAUCUUGCGACGGAAUCGAGGCAGUUCCAGAGCAACUUCACAGGUCAACACAGCUCUGCCACAGGGUCACCAGCUGCCUCCACGUCUGGCAAACGGUGCAUCCUACAGGCAGAGGCAGGAGACAGCGAGGACCAGUCCACAAGCAGUGAGACGAGACGCAGGGGGACAGGUAGACAGGCAGUCCCAGCUGGAGCGGCGAAGCGACAGAAAUCAGCAGCUCAGUGGGAACCAUGUCGAACCUGAGCCUGUUUAUCCAGACAUGGGAGUGGAGACAGAUGCACAAUACACACAGGGAUCUGCUCACUUGGAGGAGGCUCGUCUCCGGGCUGUGCUGUCCACCAACAAUGGCGGCCUGGUGACGGAAGGAGUGCUGGAGGUGAAGAAUGCUGGGAGGUGGCGUCAUGUGUGCAGCAAUGGCUGGGACCUCAGCAGCAGCCGUGUCGUCUGUGGCAUGUUAGGAUUCCCGGAUGCAGAAGCGUUCGACCAAAACGCCUACAGGAAACUCUGGGACUCCAAGUUGGCCGAUCCAUCCUCCAGGCUGAGGACACAGAUCAGCAAGAAGGCCUACUGGGUGGAGAAGGUGCAGUGUAAGGGUGUGGAGGUCUCUCUGGCGCAGUGCCAGGCACAGCUGUCCCUCCCCAGGAGUGACGUCCCAUGCAGCGGUGGCAUGCACGCUGUGGUCCGCUGUGUCCCUGGAUCCCAGUUUGCACGCUACGGCAGAGCACCCGCACCACCUGCUGUGCCACCUGUCGUGCGCCUGAAGGCCGGGCCCCGCAUCGGGGAGGGCCGUGUGGAGGUGCUGAGGGAGGGGAAGUGGGGCACCGUGUGUGACCACCUGUGGGACAUCAAUGCAGCCACCGUGGUGUGCAGAGAGCUGGGAUUUGGGACAGCCAAAGAGGCCCUCACCAAGGCUCAGCUGGGACAGGGUACUGGUCCAAUCCAUAUGAACAGUGUGCAGUGCACAGGCAGGGAGAAGUCCAUCACGGAGUGCCACUACAGACAGGUGCCCCUUUACACCUGCAAACACAGCCAAGAUGUGGCGGUCCGCUGCAACGUCCCCAACACAGGCAUGAAGACAACGGUGCGUCUGGCAGGAGGCAGAGAGCCGUCAGAGGGCCGUGUGGAGGUUCUGAUGGAGGUCGGAGGGGUGAGGCGCUGGGGUUCGGUCUGCAGUGAGAACUGGGGCAUCAACGAGGCCAUGGUGGUCUGUCGACAGCUGGGCUUGGGUUUCGCCUCAAGAGCUCAUCAGGAGACUUGGUACUGGCCCGGUUCUUCAGAUGCUGCUGAUGUGGUUCUGAGUGGAACUCACUGCAUUGGCACUGAGAUGUCCAUCCAGCAGUGUCGCAGAAACACCAAUGUCUACUGCCCCAGAGGAGGAGACGGUAGAGCUGCAGGAGUCACAUGUGUAGAAACUGCUCCUGACCUUGUCCUGGAUGCCCAGCUCGUCCAAGAGACGGCCUACCUGGAGGACCGACCCCUCCACCUGCUGACCUGCGCUAACGAAGAGAACUGCCUGUCCUCCUCUGCCGCCAGAAUGCAAUGGCCGUAUGGACACCGCCGCCUGCUGCGCUUCUCCUCCCGUAUCAUGAACAUGGGCCGCGCUGACUUCCGCCCCCGGGCCAGCAGAGAGAGCUGGACAUGGCACCAGUGUCACAGGCACUACCACAGCAUCGAGGUGUUCACCCACUACGAUCUGCUGACACUCAAUGGGUCCAAGGUGGCCGAAGGUCACAAAGCCAGCUUCUGUCUGGAGGACACCUACUGCCCUGACGGUAUCCAUAAGCGGUAUGCCUGCUAUAAUAUGGGACAGCAAGGUAUCUCAGUUGGCUGCUGGGACACCUACCGCCACGAUAUUGACUGCCAGUGGAUCGACAUCACUGACAUACGUCCCGGUGAAUACAUCUUCCAGGUGGAGGUCAACCCUUCCUUAGACAUGGCUGAGUCCGAUUUCCAGAACAACGUGAUGCGCUGUCGAUGCAAGUACGAUGGGGCUCGAGUUUACAUGUUCGGAUGCCACGCAGGUGAUGCCUACAGCGCAGAGGCGGAGGACUUGUUUGACCACCAAAAUCAGAUCUCCAACAACUUCCUGUGAAUUAAGGAUCAUGCAUAUUUAAGGACAUAACAACUGUACAACUCCUCACCAAACCUCAACGUCAUGGGGGAAGAAGGUUGAAUGACAAUGACUUGUCAGUAGAUAAAAGAUGAGGGGUCAGAGGGAGGAGGGUGGGAAACUGGGAUGGUAUGGGUCAUGCAAAAAAUGAUUAAGUAGUAUCCCAUGACUGAUGUGUCAUCAGCAGUGACUGUUUUUGUUCGAAAGUCUAAAAGAUAAAAGGAUAAAUGUAAAAGAGAAGACAAAAAAGGAAGAAAAAGACCAAACAAGGCCAUCUCAAGCAUCAUGUCACCGUGAUAAAACAUAGAGUAGUUAUCAAUUUUUAAAAAGUGUCUGGAAUUUUGUAACAAGUUUAAUUACCUUGAUCAAAACAUAAACCACAGGUAACCAAGUAAUGACAUGAAGGCACAUGAGAACAACAAGUCCUUUACUUUGACAGCACAUGAGCAGACUGUCAUCUAUGUAAAAUCAACCCAGCUAAACAAACUCUGUGCGUGCUUCUAGUGCUUUCACUGUUCACAUUACAAGUGCAGUAUUUCCUGUUACAACUGUGUGGUUUUUGGUUUUGAAUGAGAAUUUUUAUUAUUAUUAUUAUUAUUGUUGUUUCAUGGUGCUAUUUUUGCCUUAUUUGAAUAAAUAUUGUAAUGUAUUGCAAGUGUAUUGUCAUGUACAGUUUUAUAUUACCUCUCUGGAAUAUUGUUCUUUAGGUCUCUUAAUUUAUGCAGAAUUUUAAUGUACUUUUGAAUUGAAACUUGUCCCUGUCUGGCUGUGUUUUGUAUUGUCGAUUUUAUGAUGAAAAUAUUUCCAUCUGUUUGUUCUCUACCUGUUCAACAUCGGUAACAUCAGAUGAGAUCUGGUUUUACCAGGGUAUUGCAGCUUUAACAGUACUUGGUAAUGGCAGUUAAAGAAUAAACGUCAGAUUGAC